AUGGAGGAUCGGAGCCGGAAGAUUGGGGUAAUGCAGUGUUUGUUGCUGCUGUUCAUCGGUUGCUUCGUCUCGCAGCUACACGCCUCCGAUGAUGUGAUAUUCCAAGAGUCGUUCGAUGAGGAUUUCGAGGGGAGGUGGAUUGUGUCCGACAAGCAGGAUUACUCAGGUGUCUGGAAGCAUGAAAAGAGUGAGGGACAUGACGAUUAUGGCCUUCUUGUGAGUGAGAAAGCCAGAAAAUACGCCAUUGUGAAGGAGCUUGACCAACCUGUUGACCUCAAGGAUGGGACCAUCGUCCUACAGUACGAGGUCCGCCUACAGAAUGGCCUUGAGUGUGGUGGUGCAUACAUCAAGUACCUCCGCCCACAGGAAGCAGGUUGGAUCCCCAAGGAAUUCGACAAUGAGUCCCCCUACACGAUCAUGUUUGGCCCGGACAAGUGCGGAGCCACGAACAAGGUCCACUUUAUCCUGAAGCACCAAAACCCCAAGACUGGCAAGUUCAUUGAGCACCAUCUCAAGUUCCCGCCCUCCGUGCCCUCAGACAAGUUGACCCAUGUCUAUACGGCCGUCCUAAAGCCAGACAAUGAGCUCCGCAUAUUGAUCGACGGUGAGGAAAGAAAGAAAGCUAAUUUCCUCUCAGGUGAAGAUUUUGAGCCCCCGCUCAUUCCCUCUAAGACCAUCCCCGACCCGGAUGACAAGAAGCCUGAGGAUUGGGACGAGCGGGCCAAGAUCCCCGAUUCUGAAGCCACCAAGCCCGAUGACUGGGAUGAGGAUGCCCCAAUGGAGAUUGAAGAUGAAGAAGCCGAGAAGCCCGAGGGCUGGCUGGAUGAUGAGCCCGAGGAGGUGGAUGAUCCCGAGGCAGCAAAGCCGGAGGACUGGGAUGAUGAGGAGGAUGGUGAGUGGGAGUCCCCGAAAAUUGAUAACCCAAAGUGUGCCGAUGCUCCUGGGUGUGGAGAGUGGAAGAGGCCCAUGAAGAGGAACCCUGCUUACAAGGGAAAGUGGCAUGCUCCCCUUAUCGAUAACCCUAACUACAAGGGCAUCUGGAAGCCAAGAGACAUCGACAACCCUGAGUACUUUGAACUCGAGAGGCCAAACUUUGAACCAAUUGCGGCUAUUGGCAUUGAGAUUUGGACAAUGCAGGACGGUCUAUUGUUUGACAAUAUCUUGAUUGCAUCCAGCGAGAAGGCUGCAGAGUCUUUGCGUGUGAAUGCUUGGAAACCCAAGUUUGAGGUGGAGAAGGAGAAGCAAAAGGAAGAAGAGGCUGUGGAUUCUGAUGAGCUCAAGGGUGUCCAGAAAUUGGUAUUCGACUACCUCUACAAGGUUGCAGACCUCCCCUUCUUGGGCGAGCACAAAAUCAAAGUCUUGGACCUGCUCGAAAAGGCUGAGAAACAACCAAACCUCACCAUUGGAGUCAUUGUCUCGAUUGUUGUCAUCAUCAUCUCAGUCUUGUUCAAGCUCAUCUUUGGUGGGAAGAAGCCUGCUGCUAAGGUAAGUGCAGACACCAACAAGAAGACAGAUGUUGCUGAGAGCUCAAAGAAGGAGGGAAGCUCAGAGGAGAAGGACGAGCAAAAUGAAAAUGACAAUGCACCGAAGAGAAGAAACGUAAGGCGUGACAAUUAA